CCUGGGACACUAAGUUCCCCAAACACGUGACUGUACGCCAACUCUGUAUGUAGAUGCUCUUCGUCACCCAGACGAGAGGCCGACUGCUCCGUCUCGUCCAUAGAGCAUUAUGAUGAUGAUCGUGCUGGUAACGUUCCUACUGAUGUGUCACGUGACGCCAGUAACGUCGACAUGCAACAUGACCGCCGACACAUGCAUCUUCCACCUGAACAUCAGCAGGCAGCUCACCAUGGUACACAAGGGUUCCGUUGUAAAAGUGCAUGCUGGGAAGGCGUACAGCUCAGACACAACUGUUUACAACAACAACACGGCGAUCCCACAAGAUGAGGUUAUAACAGGGGACGGCUGGGCGGAGCCCCGGCCGGUGUUGGUGUUCAACAACCAGAUGCCUGGACCCCCUAUAGAGGUGUACCAGGGACAGAGCGUCCACGUCCACGUCACCAACAACAUGGACAGCGACACGACGUCCAUUCACUGGCACGGCGUGCACCAGAAAGGUACUCCCUGGAUGGAUGGCGUGCCCUUUCUUACACAGUGCCCAAUCCUGCCCGGACACACCUUGGACUAUUAUUUUGUUGCUGACCGCCCAGGGACCUACUGGUACCACGCCCUUAUGGCUGGACAGACGAUGGACGGAGCUUUUGGUCCACUGAUCGUUAGGCCACGGAAAUUCUCGGACGGACGAGAAUUCAUCCUGACCAUCCAGGACUGGAAUCACUCCUGGGACAGCCAGGAUUCUAAGUUGAGGGAGAGGCAGGGCUGGGUCCGGGGUGGUGCACCUCUCCCUUCAACCACAUCCCCAACUGGAUCCAAAUACACAAUUACAAGAGUCGACUCCGGCCUCGUGAACGGCAGAGGACGUUACCACAAUGGCACCAAAGACGCUCCCCUGACCCAGUUCCAGGUGGACCAAGGCUUGGACUACCGAUUCAGAACGAUCCAUGCAGGAACCAUGCUUCCAUUCAGGAUGUCCAUCGACAAGCAUAUGUUGACUAUUGUUGCUCUGGAUGGAGCUGACGUUCAACCCGUGACGGCCGAAUCGUUUAUUAUAUAUCCUGGAGAGAGGGUGGACUUUGUCAUCUAUGCAGACAAUGCUGAGUCUAAUUAUUGGGUGAGGGGCGUUGCUUUGGAGAGCAAGAACCCACGUGUUCUUGAGUCUGUCUUACACUAUACAGGUGCUCCAGAAGCGGAGCCGCAGUCUGCAAGAAAAGGAUGUACUCCCAGUGAUGUAUGUCUCAUUGUGAACUGUCCCUUCCCGAACUUCACUUCAAUACCGUACACCAAAUGCAUAUCUGUUGAUGCUCUCAAGUCCGUUAAACAGUACCAAGCGUCAGUUGGUAAGUCAACAUUCAGAGAAAUAUUUUUAAACCUUGCGUUUCCUGGCUAUGACAGUAAGCCCGGCUCAGUCAACGGUCGUGUGUUUGAUAACUAUCCACUAUCACCGCCUUUGACUCAGCAAAGCGUCAUGUCUUGCAAUGCAAGUGAAUGCAGAGACGACAUGAUUUGUCACUGCCCUCUGGUGUUGGAUUUGCAACAAGGGGAAGAACUCCAGCUAGUUCUCAUCAACAUGGGCCAAGGUCGCGGCUGGGACAACCCGGUACACAUUCAUGGCCAUCAUUUCCACGUGGUGAGGACGGGUUACGCCACAUAUGACAAGACAACCGGCCUUUUCAUGGGAGACAACUUGGAUGUCGACUGUUUAGGCAAUCCAGACAGGCAACUCAACUUUUGCAACAGAGCCACCUGGGGCAAUCCAAAGUGGUUAAAUGGAAACAUACCCGACGCAAAUCUGCAACACCCACCCGAGAAGGACACAGUGGUGGUACCUAAUGGCGGAUACGUCGUGGUUCGAUUAAGGGCAGACAAUCCUGGGUUGUGGCUGAUGCAUUAUGGGAACACGCCUCACUUUAUGGAUGGCAUGGCUCUGGUUCUGAGGGAGUCAUCCGCUCUUAUACCUCCCACCCCCUCGCGCUUCCCCGUAUGUGGGUCCUUCCCCCAGCGACAUGCAGGUACACUUCCAACGAUCGUCCCCAACCCGACUAAAGGGAAGCCAGGCAUUAUAGGAUGAGAAACACGUCAAAAUUAACACAUGCAUAGCCCUUAUGUAUGUAAAUAGAAUUUGUAAAUAUUGUAAUUUAGAGAUAGCGUUGAAGAUGAGUGUUACUUUUUAAUCGUGUGUCCACUACACUCAGAUUUAAGAUAUGACUUAUUUAAAUAAAAUUACACAAUUUAAACCCACCUUUAAGGACCGACCAUUUAAUUUUGUCUGGAGAUCAAUUUGUUUCAGCUACAACUGCAAAACCAGAUAUUUAAUAAAAAGUAACUAUGAGCCUUAAUAUUAAGAAAAACACCUUGAGACCUUUUUUUCCACAGUAUGAAGUAUUAUUAUUUAUUUUUGUCGAUAAAACACCGGAACCCACCACCCUACCACCUCCAACCCAAAUAUCGACUAUCAAAUGGUCGGUCCCUAUGCCAACGCAGCCUCUUGAUAAUCUCUCAUAUUUGAUGGUAAAUGGGGUAUUUUGUGUUUCGUAAACCUAACAAAGGUGGGCUUAGCUCUUACACCUUUUUGUUGAAAUCAUGCAUUGUCUUAUGUAAAAUUUGUAAAGUGUGACACGUCAAUAAAAUAUGUUUUCCCUCUU